AACGACGAUCUCGUCAACACCACCAGCAUACUGGAAUCAACACACCUUCGCCUUCCCUCUGUGCCCUGAGUGAAGCUCAACAGCCAUGCCCGAUCUGGUCUUCCUCCUAACGACUGGCCAGUCUUCCGGGUCUUCCGCGCCUACAGACAAGAAAGUCGCCCGCGCGGCGGCCGCCAGGGAGGCACAUGCCCGCAAGCGUCGUGCACGCACCGCCCAGUAUCAAGCUCAGAGGGCAGCUUCUGGUAGCCAAGCGUUAACUUCAGCCACCAACCCCUGGGCGCUGCUUGCAGCCAUGAGGGACGACCCGUUCGACACCUUCGCUCUCACGCUCAAUCGGAACGAAAGGUUUCUCUUCGACCACUACAUCACGAUCCUGAUCCCAAACUGGCGGAGGCACGCCUCCACCACGCGCUCAUCCCUUCACAGGCCCCGCCUCCGAGAACACGGAGACGGCGGCAUCAUGUACAACGACCUGGCACGACUUGCCAUCACAGAUACCGGCCUUCUCACAGCCACGCUGCUGGCCGCGUGUCGGCAUAUGUCUAGACAGCCUGGGUUAAGCUCGCCGCGGCCGGGAGUCGACGCGUGCGAGUACUACAUCACGCUGGCGAUGGAGUACAAAGCCCGGUGCGUGAAGAGCGUGAUCGAUGAUAUUGAAAGACGCAGGAGAGCAAAGGAAGGGCAGUGUAGGACAGAAGGGGCUGGUAACGGUGACCGUGACAACGAAACACCACUAGUCUGGGAUAGGCAGAAGAGCGCGGGGGAGGACAACAUGACGCUGACCAAGAUCAUUGUUCUUGCGUUGGACGAGAUUUGGCUCGGUGACAUCCCUAUGGCACGACAUCACGUCCUCGGCGCCAUGAAGCUGGUCGAUCUCAACGGCGGGCCCGAUACGCUGCGCAUGGGAAGCUUCGUGGCAAACAUGUUUGCUAGCUUUUUGAGCAGCUCGCUAUUCUCAGCCACAAAUCAAGUCGAUGUAGGAUCUACGAAUCUGGGGGAGCGCGAUAGGAGCGCAGAGGGGGUUGCUGGCAAGGACAGGUGUGUCAACCCGUGCGAGACAAUUGGUCCCAGGUUCUUCCCCGAUUCGUACAGGAAAUGGAUGAAGAUGGGGACGUAGCUGUGCCCGGACAUGAAUUGCGACUCGGUGUCUGGUUUCAGCGCACCACGGCAAUGGAGCCCAUUGAGCUGCAUCGUGAGAGCAUGUUAUACACCACUUGACCUCAUUUUCGAGCGCGGUUGACCAAAUUCUGCUCACUUGACCCUGUCCCAGAAUCGCCUGUGCUAAGUCCGGCGCCGUGUCACACAUUAUGGCAACAAUAGUUGUGCCUUGGGAUAUAAACAUCUUUACGCAAAAAUCUGGUAUCAAUGAGUCCAAGCAAGAUAGGCAGGAGGCCUUUCUUUGCUUCCGACAGCAUUGUGUUUGUGGCAA